AUUUGUUAUAUGUUUACAUGGAAUGACGAGAAAAUCAAGUAUUCGUGGCCAAAUUCAAAUAAAAUUUUGUUUUUACUUAAAAUAUCUUAUAAAAAGGUAAUGUCUGACUACAAUUUGCCAAGUAUUGAUGUAGACAAACUUUUUGAGCAACAUAAUGUUGUUGAAAUAGAUCAAAUACAAAAAGUUCUGCAAAGAGAAAUUGAUGAAAAGAAAGAGGAAAUUCGGGUAAUGGUUGGAGAAAGGUAUAGAGAUUUACUACAGGCGGCUGAUACAAUAACAGACAUGCAAACUUCUUCUGGAUUGUUAUUAGACCAAAUAAAAAUGGUAUCAAAUAAUUGCCAAAGGCUUAACGAAACACAAUUAUUUGGUUUUAAAACUGAUAGUCAACUGGAUAAAACGAUUGAAAAAAAUAUGGAAUUAUAUUUUAAUACCAAUAUUCGGAUAAGAUUAUUAACAUUAUUACCAGAUUUAUUAUGGUCAAGAAUUGAUACAAACGAAUAUUUUGUAGCAGCACAAAUUCAUAUCUUAUCACAACAUAUUAUUUCAAGUUUGAAACUAGAAUCUAAUAAUCCGUUUUUAGCUUAUUUCCCCGUGAAAAAUAAAAUAUUUAAUCUAGUUGACAUGGCAAGUGAAUCGCUGCGUGAAUCUGUUGUUAAACGCCUAGAAAAGGACUCUUUAGAUGCAGAAGAUGCAAGUGAUUGUAUUUUAUCUUUAUACAUAUUAGAUAAAACAAAUUUAGAUAAACUGUUAUCAGCGUUCUUAGAGCGCCGAGUCGUAGCUUACAAAAGAAGCUUAUGUGAGCAAGAUGUAGAGAGAAGAGUUAAGGACCGCAUAUUAUCGAGCUUAAAAGUAUUAGUAUCUACUGUAAAGUUAGCCAACAGCUGCUUUUUCUCAAACGAAACCAGAAAGAGCUUAAUAUUUGAGAAAUUAACUGAAUAUAGACAAUUUGAUAAAAAACCUACACUUUCAUAUAUUGAUUACGAUAGAAAUGAUUGGAUGCCAUUUUUACCUGCUAGUAUACGUAAUUUUAGACCAUCUAUUGAAGAUCCAGCUCUAGAAAAUAUUGUUGUAGAACAAUGCUGUUCCGCAUGGCUCAAACAUAUAUCAGAUAUUUCCUCAACAGAUUUGCGCAAUUUGAUUGAGUUAAUAACUUCAAUGAAAGUGAUUCAAGAAAUUAAAAAAGAGGUAUUAAAUUUUGAAAAGGAUCCUCAAUGGCCUAAUAAAUGCCAGUUAUUUAAAAUAACACCAACAAUUGACUUUUAUAAAGACUUGUAUGUUCCACUAAUUAAUGAACGAGUUAUGAAUAUCAUCACUCAUUCAUGGGCAAAGUGCAUAGAUGACGUAUUUGAGAAAGUUCAAUCUGCCAUUGAAGAACCUCAAUUUGUAACAGAAUAUGAAUAUUUGUGGGCAGAAGAUGAAAAUGAUUUACCGUCAAGUUUAAACCAUGCCUUAAAUCAAGAUAGAAAAGACAAUAGAUUAUUGAUGAAAAUGAAGGGAUAUAAUGAAAAUAUUGUUUCCAUUUGCAAAUAUUUCGACUCAAAAGUGCAGAUAAUAUUUUCCGAAACAAAUGGUUUAUUAGAAGGCAAUAAUAAGAAGAAUGACAUUGAUGCUUCUUUAGUCGAAUUUUUAAAAAAUGUAACACAAAGUCAAAUAAAUAAUCUAAUUACGAAACUUAAAACCUUAAUUAUCGAGAAGGACGUUGCUAGCAUAGUUUUUGUUGCAAAAUUAUUAGUAGCUUUAACAGAGCUCUGCCCUUAUUUAAAAGCCUGCUUAACAUUUUCACAAGGGUAUGCUAAUUUAUCUAAGGAAUGGUCAUCGCACAUUGGAGACAAAAAAAAUUUGGAAAAAUGGGUCACUAUAUGCAAUCUUAUACAAGAAGAGUCUUUCUCAAUGUGGAAAAAAUUUUGUGAUUUAUUAUUUAUCGAAUUUUUAGAAAAAAAUCGUUUAAAUGAAAAUUUAAGCUAUAGGACUAUAUUAGAAGACUUUGUGAAUUGGGAAACUAUAGUUAUAGAAGAAAAAGAUGAACAGGAAAAAUCAGUAACAUCUUCAAUACGUAUACCAUCGCAACCCAGAAUAACAGUUCAUAAAUUCUUAUUUGAAUUAACGAAAACCUUAAAUUCCAUAGUACCACAGACUUUACCGUUGAAUGUUUUACGUUAUCUUAUUUCCAAAUUACUUUCCCAUUUCAUAGAGCAUUUUAAUAAAUUAAUUAAUUCUAAAUUUGCAUCAAAUAAUCAAAAUAUGGCUUUACAAUUAUUUUUCGAUUUAAAAUUCUUACAAACAGUCUUUACAAUACGCGAAGAUAAAAAAUUAUCAGAUGAAUUUCAAAAAUUAACAAACAUAUUAAAAAGCUACAUUGAUCCAUUUGAUUUUGAAUUAUUUCAUUCAUAUUUAAGUGCAAAUGUUAAAAAGUGCAUAUUUAGAAUGCAACACCAAUUAGGGAUUUUAUUACCAUACCCCGAAAGUUUAAAUGUUCUCACUUCUGAUUUAAAAGGCUCGGCAAAUUUAAUAGAAAAGGAUCCUAAUGUAUUAACAUUAAGUUCCAGUGCCGCAACUGCUACUUGGUUUCCACUAUUACCUGUUGUUACAGAAAAUAAAGUAGAACCUACAAUGGAUGUUGAAAAGGUUCCUGAAACAAAAUUUCAAGCAAUAUCUGAAGUGGAUGAAACAAAACAAGCUGCUCAAAAUUAUACUAUUAACGUAAAAUCAGGAGCAGCAGCCUUUUUUGGUGCUAUGUCGCAGGAUUGGUUUCGAUGAUAUGACAGAAAUUGUGAUUCCAGUUUAUUAAAAAUUUUAAUUGUUAUAAAGUUACUUUUGUAUUAACCAUUUCUAAACAAAAAGAAGUAAAAAAUGAUGCAAAUAAAUAUAAAUAAUUUAUAUAGUUUA